ACUUUCUUACUGUCCCUCUCUAUCAUGCUCCAAGUCGCACUUGCGUUCGUCCUGCGCCUGUGAAAGUUCCCGCUCUCUCCCCCUCGAAUAUGCCCACAACUGUUGUGGAUCGACCACUCGCAUAGACCUCACCCUGUCUCCCCCUCCCGCCUCCCUUCUCCCCUCUCCCCUCUCUUCUACCCCUCCUCGACAAUCGCAGAGAUAUCAUGUCGACUUCCACGGGGCAUUAUACCGCCACGGCGUCCGGCUCCGACCUUCAUUCCACCAUCAGUUCCGCCGGUCCCACCUGGGCAGCCACCUCGACCUCCUCCCUCUCCUCCCUCAAUGACUACUCCAAUUACCCGUUGAUCCGUCAGGGUGAUCGCACCUAUCUCCGCGACCCCGAAAACCUCUAUCCCCUCCCAUGCGACCUCGCCGAGAUCCACCGCCAGAGCAUGCGCACCCUCCUGCUCAUCCGCGUCUUCGGCCGGCCCUUCUGCACCCCGGUCCUGGCCGACCGUCCCCCGAAGCGCGUUCUCGAGAUCGCAUGCGGCUCGGGCCUCUGGUCCAGCCUGUGCCACGAUUACUUCGCCCGGAAAGGCCACCGGAACAUCGCCUUCCACGGCAUCGACCUGAUCUCCCUGGCCCCCGACCUGCGCAAAAGUGGAGUGAACUGGCAGUUCAAGCGACACAACCUCCGCAAACCCCGGUUGCCCUUCCCCGACGACUAUUUCGACUUCGUCUUCAUCAAGGACGCCGGCAUGUGUCCCUACAGCCCCGCGCAGCAGGCGUCCGGGCUGAGCGAACCCUUGCGCGUCCUCAAAUCGGGCGGGAUCCUGGAGGUCUGGGACUCCGACUGGGUCUUCCGGUCCCUGCUGCCCAAUCCCUCCCCGGCUCGCAAGAUGGCCUCCAAGGAGCAGGAGACGGCGGAAGCCACCGCGACAUACACCUUUUCGCCCGCAACCCCAUUCACCCGGGCGCAGAACGGUUUCCUGCGGGAUUACAACUCGUGGGUGGAGUCGGCGUUCGACAGCCGCAAACUCACGGCUCUGCCGUGUGCCACGAUCGGCCUGUCCUUCAACUCCGAGGUCGACUUGUUGGAGGGCGUCGACAGCCGUCGCAUUGCCAUCCCGCUGAGUGAGCUGCGGUGGGAGCGCGAGGGCCAGGGCAAGAAGGACUCCAGCGGCCGCACGCGAAAACAAUUGACCCCCGAUCAGCUCACCAUCCGGCGCACGGCCCUUCUAACGGUGAUCCAGAUGAUCGAAGGCAUGGAGCCGAUGCUCAUGGAAGCCAGCGGCAAGAGCAGAGACGAAUGGGAUCGCUGGUGGACCGCCAUGAUGACCGAUCUGUUCCAAAAAGGCGGCCUGGUCAAUGGCGAAUGCAUGGAAGUAAGCGCCUGGUGGGGUCGAAAGCGGUAACCGUCCGACGUUCUGCUCUGUUUCGGUGCGCGGCAUCCCCUACUCAUUCGAUUCUUGUUUUGUUCGAGUUUUGUUGCUGGUGGUUUGAAAAAAAGGGAGAGGAAAGCGGAAAGCAACGGCCUUUGCUCACUUCAUAUUGGUGAUACCCCGAUUCUCUAUAUUUGUCUUUUCAUGUGUAUAUAUCCCACCUAUCCCGCCCUCGGUGCGAUGCUCCUGGCGGCCUUAUUUGUUUUCAUAGCGCUGUUUCAGGGUGCGAUAUCGUUUUAGAUAGUACCUGGAUACGCUUAUCAGCAUCGGGAACUUCCGGUUGACUGUGCUGUUGGCACAUAAUGACAUGACGCAUAACGAUUCAAUGUGCAUAUAGUAUAGCAAG